AAAUUUUGUUUUGUCCUAUGUGUUAAACAAAAAAUUUGAAAAUAUGUUGUAUUCAAAAUUAAAAUUUAGCACAAAAAAGUGAUUACUCGUUUUUGUGCACCACUAACACACCCGAUCAGCUGUUUUAGGCGGUUACAAGAGCAAAACAAAAUUGAAGUUACAACAACAAGUAUUCAGUGACCUAAAAAUGAAUUUCGGUUUAUGUCACAAUGUUUCACGACAAAUACGCUUUAUAUCGUUACGCAGGGUUCAAAUAGAUUUAAGAAGUAGUCCUUUAAAAUGUUUUUGUCGAGUAUACGUACCACUUGUAGCGCACAAGAAAAAGUGGCAAGAGUACAAGCACAAACGAACUAAAUUUGAAUAUGAAAGAAGUAACCACUUUUGGCAACAUUUCUGGUCACUUUUUACAACCAGAGGUGGUAUAACAGCAAGCAGCGCAUUUUCCAUAUUUAGUUGGUUUAAAUGGCAUAAAGAAGAAGAUAUAACACCUGAAACAAAGCUGGUCGAAGCAAUAAAACGGUCCGUAUUAUGUAUACAACGUGAACAAUUUGAUAAAGCUGAGCAAAUGUUGCACCUGGCGCUACGUAUGGCUCAAGACAUAAAUAGCAAAGAAGGUAUCAUUUAUAUAUAUGAUGUUAUGGCCAAUUUGGCAAUGGAACGUGAACAGUAUACUAAGGCAGAAAAACUAUUUGCCGACGUUAUGCGUAGUUUAUUAGCAGAUGGUCAUACCGAAACAAGCCCACAGAUUUUACAUAUAAGCUCCAAAUUAGCACAUAUGGCACAAUUGCAGGGCGACUUAGAAAAAGCGCAACUAGGAUUUGUGUGGACAUUAAAAGGCAUUCAGAAAAAUAUUGAAGAAUUGGAUUACGAUAAAGAUGUACAAGAACUUUUCGGCCUUACCAAAAACUGGUUUGGUCAGUUACAAUUAAGACAAGCCAAAUACGAAGAUGCAAAAAAAAAUUUCCAGGAAGCAUUUGAACUGCUCACUGAUCUUUAUGGACCUAGUAACGACAAAAUUAUAAUAAUACUGAACAAUUUAAGUGUCACUUGUGUGCACCUUGAAGACUAUACAGGUGCCAAGAACUACAUAGAACAUGCCUUGACUAUAGCCAAAGAUUUGAAUGACAUAGCGCAGCAAGGGAUUUUAGAAGCCAAUUUAGGUUUGAUUUAUUUUCAUGAAGGAUUUCUGGCCAAAGCAAAGCAAAUAUGUCAAAACGCAUAUCGCAUUGGCAAGAAGUGUAAUAAUGAUGACGCUGUUGAGCAAGCUGAAUAUUGCCUCAACGAAAUUAAAGCAACUUCUGCUAGUGAGUGAAGAGAUACGCGAUCAGAUUUUUUAAUAGGGAUAAAAUACAUACUCUUCAAAUAUCGUCGUUAAAUAAAUAUUUGUAAUUUAUAGCUGAUCUUAUAUUUAAUAUAAAAAUUUCAACUAGACAACGUAA